GGAGCGAGCCGCCGGCCGGCCGCACCCGCGUUGGAAGGCGCCUCGCCCUGGGCCGGGCCCAUGUGCGUGCGGCCCGCUCCAGGCCGCCCGGGCUUCGCCUUUGCCAGCGCCCUGGCCUCCACGCAGGCCUCCGAGGAGCCGCCGCGACCCCCGGCCCGCGGGGCAGGUAAUGAGAUUAAAAAUCUUCCAUUGAAUGAAAGAAGAAUUCUUAAAGUUGGAUAUAUUCCAAGAAAAAAACCCAAAUGUUUUUCUAUUUUGCCUGAAUACAAAAUUUAAACGAGAAGUUUCUACAGAAGCUUUGUGGCCAUCACGAUGUUCUGGAAGUUUGACUUGAAUACCACAUCCCAUAUAGACAAGCUUCUGGACAAAGAACAUGUGACACUACAGGAGUUAAUGGAUGAAGAUGACAUCCUGCAAGAAUGUAAGGCUCAGAACCGGAAGCUACUGGACUUUCUGUGCAGACCACAGUGUAUGGAGGAACUGGUGAACCUCAUCACUCAGGACCCCCCCUGGGACAUGGAAGAGAAGGUCCGCUUCAAAUACCCAAACACAGCCUGUGAGCUUCUGACUUGUGAUGUGCCGCAGAUCAGUGACAGACUAGGUGGGGAUGAGAGUCUGCUGAACCGUCUGUAUGACUUCCUGGACCGAGAACCACCACUCAACCCUCUGCUUGCCAGCUUUUUCAGCAAGACCAUUGGCAAUCUCAUUGCAAGAAAAACUGAACAGGUGAUUGUGUUCCUGAGGAAGAAGGACAGGUUCAUCAGCCAGGUGCUGAAGCACAUGGGCACCUCAGCGCUCAUGGAUCUGUUGCUGCGCCUCGUCAGCUGUGUGGAGCCUUUGGGGCUCAGGCAGGAGGUCCUACAUUGGCUUAAUGAAGAGAAAGUCAUCCAGAAACUUGUGGAAUUGAUCCAUCCACGUCAGGAUGAAGAUAGGCAGUCAAAUGCUUCUCAGGCACUCUGUGACAUUGUUAGACUGAGCAGAGACCAGAGCAGUCAGCUGCAAGAGAAUCUGGAGCCAGACCCCCUCCUCACAGCACUGGAGUCGCAGGACUGUGUGGAGCAGCUUCUAAAGAACAUGUUUGACGGAGACCAGACAGAGAGCUGCCUGGUCAGCGGAAUGCAGGUGCUGCUUGCCUUGCUGGAGCCACGGCGGGCUGGGACAGAGGGCUUGGUGGACUCCUUUUCUCAGGGACUGGAAAGGUCACACACUGUCAGCAGCAGUGUCCUGAAUGGCAUUGAGCCACGGCUGAAGGACUUCCACCAGCUUCUUCUCAACCCACCAAAGAAGAAAGCGAUCCUGACCACCAUUGGAGUGCUGGAGGAGCCCCUCGGGAACGCCCGUCUGCAUGGUGCACGCCUUAUGGCUGCACUGCUGAGCACAAGUACACCCAGCAUCAACCAGGAGCUCUGCCGGCUCAAUACCAUGGACUUGCUGCUGGACUUGUUUUUUAAGUACACCUGGAAUAACUUUUUGCACUUCCAAGUGGAACUAUGCAUAGCCGCUAUCCUCUCCCAUGCUGCCCGGGAGGAGAGGGCAGAAGUCCGUGGAUCCGAGAGCAGAGCAGAGCUUCCACAGGAAAGUGGGAACGAGAAUAAGAACCUGGAGACCCCUCAGCCUGUUGUCUGCCUUCCUGAGAACACAAUGGUGACCCACUUGUUCCAGAAGUGCUGCCUGGUGCAGAGGAUCCUAGAGGCCUGGGAAGCCAAUGACCACACACAGGCAGCUGGUGGCAUGAGGCGCGGGAAUAUGGGCCACCUCACACGGAUUGCCAACUCGGUGGUGCAGAAUCUGGAGCAGGGCCCUGUUCAGACCCACAUCAGCAAGGUCAUCCAAGGGCUUCCUGCAGAUUGCCGUGGACGCUGGGAGAGCUUUGUAGAGGAAACACUGACCGAGACCAACCGGAGGAAUACCGUGGACCUGGUGAGCACUCACCACCUUCACUCCUCGAGUGAGGACGAGGACAUUGAGGGUGCUUUCCCUAACGAGCUGUCCCUUCAGCAGGCAUUCUCUGAGUACCAGAUCCAGCAGAUGACGGCCCACUUUGUGGAUCAGUUUGGCUUCAAUGAUGAAUUUGCAGACCAGGAUGACAGCAUCAAUGCCCCGUUUGACAGGAUUGCAGAGAUCAACUUUAAUAUCGACACAGAUGAGGACAGUCCCAGCACAGCUCUGUUUGAAGCCUGCUGCAGUGACAGAAUCCAGCCCUUUGAUGAUGAGGAGGAAGAGGACAUCUGGGAAGAUGAGGAAACUCGUAGUACUGCCCGGGUGAUGGCCAGAGCCAGGUUUGGAGCCCCACACAAUUCAGAAAGCUGCUCCAAGAAUGGUGUGGAGCAUGAUGGCCGGGACAGGAAGGCAGGCUCAGAGGCAGACGGGAACAAGCCUGGAGCAGUGAUCCCCCUGGCUCUUGCACAGAAUGAAGGCUUCUCCUCAGAGGAUGCUGCAUGGACAGCCGUCUUUGAUGAGCCCGUGAGCCCGACAGCCCCAGCCCCAGGAGCUGCGAGGGACGUGGGUUCUAGUGUGUGGGCAGCUGGCGCCUCGGCCCCAGAGGAGAAAGGCUGGGCCAAGUUCACCGACUUCCAGCCUUUCUGCUGCUCAGAGUCAGGGCCCAGGUGCAGCUCUCCUGUGGACACAGACCGCAGUCAUGCUGAGAGUGGCCCCAGCCCCAGCCCAGAGAAAGCCUUUGGUCCUGCCCCCCCUUGUGCCUGGAAUGUGUGUGUCACCAGGAAGGCCCCCCUGGUGGCCUCGGACAGCAGCAGCUCUGGGGGUUCUGACAGUGAAGAUGAGGAAAAGCUGGCUGCCACUGCAGAACCUGUGAGCUCAGGCCUUGGCCGGGAGGCACCCUCACCACCCAGGAAGCAGGAUACUGUGGGCAGGGCUGAGUGUGCAGGCAGCACACCACCAGACUCUGCCUGCCCUGUGCCCUCGAAAGUGCCCUCUGUCCUGGCCACGGCUGUGUCUCUGGAUACAAGCAUGGCCACUCCAGCAGUGGACAAGGCAAGUCCUCCUGCAGCCACCCCAGCAGUGUCUACUGCAGUAGCUGUAGCAGUCCCUGCAGGGCCCAUCACGAAGGUCACCAAAGUCCCAGCCACAGUGACCACCCUCGGGACUGUGACAAAGGACAACAGGGAGACAGAUGGCCCGCCCGGAGGAGCUGCCUUAAAUGGUCCUGUGUAACGCUGCUGCCACCAGCCGUGGCCACCCUGGCCAAGCUACACCCUUAAUCAGAAAACUACCUGGUGAUGCAAUUCAGUUUUUUUAAUUUAAUUUUAAAAUAAAUGCUGCAUUGAUAAAGCUGGCAGUUGGAACCAGUAGGAUGACCCAGCUUGCGUCCCUGCUGCCUGGACACUCAGUGCUGCUCAAGGAUGAGGAGGCAGCUGGCCGCACCGCAGGCCCAUCGCAGCAAUAAAGUCUUAGGUGUUUGACCUCUGCCUGCAGCAGUCAGGACGGCCUAGACCCCGAGACGCCACCAGGACCUGAUGGGCAGGAAGGGUGUGGGCACGGAGGCUGGAUCUCUGCCAUCAUUUGUAUCAGAACUGAGUUUUGCACUUUGUAUCCAACUGCAGCAUGGGAGCCCCCUGGCUCAGGGCAGAGGUGAAGGUGUGGGUUGGGGAAGCCCUGACUCCCAUAAAGACAAAGACAAAGGGGUCAGACCCCAGGGUCACACAGCCUGGUGGCCCUGGGAACUGGCAUUGAACCAGCAUGUAAAUUCAGACUGCCUUAAAAUUCCCCUGGGCCUGGUGGGGGUAUCCCGGUGGACAUGUGCCAGAUAGGACUGGCAGGAACGGACCUCAGGAACCAAGAGCAGCCUAGCAGGGCACUGGGGGCACCAGGCUGGGCCCAUGCUGUCUAGAAAGGUCUAAGCAUCUUUGAUCUGAGUCUUAUGUUCUGAGAUCUGACAGGGCACCCCAAUAAAAGUUGCACCCUUCUUCCUGACAAGCCCGUGUUUUAUUAAGCUCCAGGCCCAUGCCCCAGCUCAGCACAUGGGGCAUGUCUUCCAAUACCUUUUCUGCCACCCCUUAGGGUUACGCUUUGAUGAGGGUGGGGAAGUAGACACUGAGCUUGUGGUUAAGAAAAGCUCCGGCUGAAGCUGAGAAGCCCAACAUGACCAGGUCGGGCCAUGGAACCCAGCUCCACCUACAAGGAAGGACUGGUCACCAAGUGACAGCCAGAAGGGGAGGCAGCUUGACCCCCAUCCUGUCCUUAGUGGCCCCACAGGUGGGGCAACCAAGUGCCUUCAGCUCAUCUCCCAGCUCUCAUCCAUUACUCCAAAACGUAAAAUCAGGGAACAGGCCCUUCCGCUUGCCUCAGCCUGCGCCUUUAGUCAGGGUCUCUCUGCUUGGCUCCAGGAUGUACUGGAGCACUUAGCUCAGGCUGAUGAGGUCUGUGGGUUCUCAGCAUCAAGCCCUGCAUCUUCACUGGUGUCUCCCCAUUGCCACACGGGUGCCCACCUGCCAGCUGCAGGCCGUUCUGCCGUGGCUACCACACCCGGCCCCUACCAACACUGACCUCCACUGGCCGUGCUCCUCCACUCACCACUGGCUGCCAGGACACAGCAGCCACAUGGGCAGGUCCAGGCCAGUUCUGUGGGACUCAGGUACACAGAAAGGCAGAGCUCUGAGGUGGACAACUGGGUCCCAAGGGGAGACCCCAGGCAUGGGGCUAGGCAGGUGUCUGCAGCUAAAAUUCUCAAGAACUGAGACUGCCAGGUGUCUGGGUGUCGCCCCAUCACUGCCAGGCAGUGUCCCUGCUGCCUUGAGGACUUUCCCCACUCGCCCUCCUGGGCUUGGCAUCUGCUCUGAACCCAGGGCAGUUCCAAGAGGCUGGGCAGGUGACUGGUGGGCCCUCUUCACUACAUACGCCUCCCCUUGCUGACCAGACACCUGGGGGCCUCCCUUGCUGGCAAAGCAACGCCAAAACCUCCAUGAGCUGCGAGACUCCUAGAGCAAAGCCACUCCGUGCCAGCCCAUUAGCAACCUGCUGGGCCCAGGACGG